AUGACUUUUCUUCCUGGUAGCAAUGGAGUGGUGGCGGCGGUGGUGGCAGCAGUGGGAGUGGUGGCGGCGGCCGUAGUGGCAGUCGCGGUGGAGCUGUUCAGUGGAGAGUUUCUGGCGGUGACCAGAUGCAGCUGCAGCGGCGUUCGCGCGAGACCCUUAUGCCUCAGCAGCUUCGUGAGUGGCGUUUUCAGCGUGGGACAGCUGCUUCGGCACAGUGUGGAUAUUUUUUCUCUAGACUAUGAUGCUAUCCUUACUGCCAUGGAUGCUUUGACUGUUGGUAUUGAGGGUGAUUGCUAUAUGUGUGUGCCGCCCGACCCAGGUAUAGAGGCUGCUGCUCUAGUACCACACUUACACCACUCCCUAGACCGGUUGCGGUCUCCCUGGCUGACCCCUCUGGCUGGUUCUUGCACGUUCCUCCACUGUGCUCCCGUGCUCGGCGGUUCCAUCCGGCUCGCUCGUGUGGCGAUCUGCACGUGCUCCCGGACGGGCCGCCACCUGGCCACGUUCACCCGUCGGCCUGGGUCGAGUCUGUACACACUGACUACUGAGCCUCCUCAGGUUGCUGCGUCUGGUCAAAUGGCCACGUCAGGUCAGGUAGCUCCCCCCUGCGAGUGUCGUCACUUGUCGCACCAGACUCUCCUUUGGCACCACCACCUUGGUCACCCCUCCCUGCCACGCCUUCGUGGCAUGCACUCCCGCCUCCUUGUCACUGGUCUUCCCAGGUCUCUUCCUUCCCUCCCACCCUCGCCUGCCCCGCCCUGCGUUCCUUGCGUCGAGGGGCGGCAGCGCGCCGCUCCUCACUCCUCCUCGUUUCCCCCGACGACUGCUCCCCUGCAGACUCUCCACAUGGACGUGUGGGGCCCAGUCCAUGUCACUGGACAGGGCCGCGAGCGGUACUUUCUGCUGGUUGUCGACGACUACUCGCGUUACACCACGGUCUUCCCCUUGCGCAGCAAGGGUGAGGUCCCUGCUGUUUUGAUGAGGGUGAGGUCCCUCCAGCUCCGCAGAGGUGGUGAGUUCUCCUCCGACCUCUUGCGGGACUUUUGUCAGGGGGAGGGCAUCCUCCAGUUGUUCACGCUUCCGGCCUCACCGCAGCAGAAUGGGGUUGCUGAGCGCCGCAUUGGCUUAGUCAUGGAGACCUCGCCCACACUGCGUUGGACGGGGGAGGUUGGCGAUGCGUCGCGGUUCCGGGUCUGGGGCUCUCGUGCCUUUGUCCGCAAUACCACCGCGGACAAGCUCUCCUCUCGCGCCAUUCCCUGCGUCUUCCUUGGCUUUCCCCCUGAUGCGCCUGGUUGGCAGUUUUACCACCCCACCUCGUGCCGUGUCUUCCCCUUUGAGGACGUCACGUUUGACGAGUCGGUUCCCUUUUACCGACUCUUCCCCUACCGCACUGCCCCACUCCCCCCCCCGCCGCUCUUCCUUGCUCCAGGUCCCCCUCCGGUAGACCCCCUCCCCCCUCAGGGUCCUGCUCCUUCAGGUGUCUCUCAGGUAGACCCACUUCCCUUGGCUGAGCCUGUCGAGGUCACUGGUGACUCAGGUGCUGCUGGGGGUGGUCCUGCUCGAGGUGCUACGUCUGGGGGUGCUGAGCCUGUGGGUGCGGAGCCUGGGGGUGCUGAGCCUGAGCAUGCGGAGCCUGGGGGUGCUGAGCCUGGGGGUGCGGAGCUUGGGGGUGCUGAGCCUGGGGGUGCUGAGACUGGGGGUGCUGCGCCUGAGCAUACUGAGCCUAGGGGUGCUGAGCCUGGGGGUACUGCUUCUGGGGGUGCUGAGCCGGGUGGUGCUGCUUCUGCUGGUGGUCUUCCGGGAGCCUCGCCGCAGCGGUCUCCCCAGCGUGAGCCCCUCUCACCACAGCAGCUGCGCGAGUGGCUUGCCCGGCACACCCUCCUUCGGAGUCGCACUAGCACUGGAGGUGCUGGAGCUGGAGGCACUGGAGCUGGAGGCGUUGGAGCUGGAGGCGCUAGAGUUGUAGGUACUGGCACUGGAGGUACUAAAGCUGGAGGUCCUGACGCUGGAGACACUGGAGCUGGAGGCACUGGAGUUGGAGGCACUGACGUUGGAGCUACUGGAGCUGGAGGUGCUGGCGCUAGAGACGCUGGAGCUGGAGGCCCUGUGCAGCAGCGUGAGCCCCUCUCACCACAGCAGUUGCGCGAGUGGCUUGCCCGGCGCACGCGACGUCGGAGUCGCGCAAGAACUGGAGGCACUGGAGCUGGAGGUGCUGGAGCUGGAGGCGCUGGAGCUGAAGGUGCUGGAGCUGUAGGUGCUGGAGCUGGAGGUCAUGGUGCUGGAGGCGCUGGAGCUGGAGGUACGGGAGCUGGAGGUGCUGGAGCUGGAGGCACUGGAGCUGGAGGCGCUGGCGCUGGAGGCGCUGGAGCUGGAGGUCCUGACGCUGGAGGUGCUGGAGCUGGAGGCACUGGAGCUAGAGGCGCUGGCGCUGGAGGUGCUGGAGCUGGAGGCACUGGAGCUGGAGGCGCUGGAGCUAGAGGCACUGGCGCUGGAGGUACUGGAGCUGGAGGCACUGGAGCUGGAGGCACUAGAGCUGGAGGCGCUAGAGCUGGAGGCACUAGCACUGGAGCUACUGGAGCUGGAGGUGCUGGCGCUGGAGGCGCUGGAGCUGGAGGCCCUGUGCAGCAGCGACCGUUUUUCUUGCCGCCGCCGCAGCUGUCCGAGCUUCCGCCCGAGUCGGUGCUCCGUCAGGUUCUUAGUCUUCCUUCGUCCACUGCCCUUCCUCCGGACUCGCCGCUGCCUGCCCCAUCCCGUUACACUGAGCAGCCGGUCUCCCUUACAGAGCGUCGUGAGCAUGUGUCUCGUCCCGCCUCCCCUGUUCGUCAUGCUCGUCGUGUCCCGCGUCCGCGUCCUCCUCCUGUGCCAGGUUCUCACGCGAUCGCACUUCGUCCUUCCUCUGUUCCACCAUGA